GCGCCGGGUGGCGGACGGUUCCAAUGUUUUGGUUGAGAUGAAGAUCUAACGGCAGCUACAACCGGUCCAAGGCUGAGCGUUCGUUUGCAGUCACCUUGAAGCUGUGUACCAGCAGACGCAGUUAUGGGGAACACAAGCAGUGAGAGGGCUGCCAUGGGCCAGGGGGAGAAGGCGCAGCGGAGAGACAGCAGGGGCACCAAGGAGGGCGAGAGGCCAAAAAUUCUGAUGGAUAGCCCGGAGGACGCAGACAUUUAUCACAGUGAAGACAUGAAAGCUCCGUUAGAGAAGGAGGAGUUCCUCGCCUGGCAGCAGGACUUAGAAGCUGAGGAUAAAGGGCCUACAAUGGACCGGCCCACAGUCUUCCGCUGGACCGGUGAUGGUAAGGAGGUCUUCCUGUCAGGGUCCUUCAACAACUGGGCCAACAAGAUUCCUUUGAUCAGAAGUCAGAACACUUUUGUGGCGAUUGUUGAUCUACCUGAAGGAGAGCAUCAGUACAAGUUUUACGUUGACGGCCAGUGGACUCAUGAUCCUGCUGAGCCUGUUGUUACCAGCCAGAUGGGAACUGUCAAUAAUAUCAUCCAGGUGAAGAAAACUGACUUUGAGGUCUUUGAUGCUCUAAUGGUGGAUUCACAGAAGUGCUCCGACAUGUCAGACCUUUCCAGCUCUCCUCCUGGACCCUAUCAUCAGGACGCCUACGUCUCAAAGCCCGAAGAGAAGUUUAAAUCUCCUCCCAUUCUGCCUCCUCACCUGCUGCAAGUCAUCCUCAACAAAGACACUGGCAUUUCGUGUGAUCCCGCUCUGCUCCCGGAACCAAAUCAUGUUAUGCUGAAUCACCUCUACGCCUUGUCUAUUAAGGAUGGAGUGAUGGUGCUGAGUGCGACGCAUCGCUAUAAGAAGAAAUAUGUCACCACCCUGCUGUACAAGCCUAUUUGAGAUGUGUGUGAAGCCUCCAGUGUUGUGGUGAGGAGUGGUAGCGGACGUUUGCACCCGACAGGACACAUCUAUGAAACUGCAAAUUGUGAAGCUGCUUAGAGCAGUUAGUUCAUUUCAGACUGAAACGUCAAACGUGGGGAUCAGGUUUGGUUGCCGAGGCAAAAAGUUGGAUCGAAUGUUUAUUUUUCUUUUUUAAGCGUGUGAAACGUUCACAUGGCCAGUUAAUGGUUCACCUCCAGUUCUCCCUCUGACGUACUGUUUAUACACUUAGUUCACCGUAGUUUUUCACUGAUGGAAUAUUUGUAGACGUGAAUGUUUAUUACUGAUGCAACUUGUAUGUAAAUAUGAAGGGACGUUAUGUCAGUAUUGUUUCUAAUAAUUAUUUUCUGUAGAAGAGAGGACAAUCGAAGCUAAGUUAUAGAAAAAUGCACUGGUGUAGCUGUUCACUUGAAAACAAGGGGAGACUAUAUGGAAUAGUCACAUGGCAGUUGAGGCUUUUUUUAUGACCAUGAUUAUUAAUUUAAGUGUUCAAUCAUAUUUAUAGAGCUUUUGUUCCGAUCUACUUCAUUUCACACACGUUUUUGCGCUGCGGUGACAAAUUGCUCGAAUAUAAUAAGUAUUUUUUGAAGUUGCUGAUGUAACACAAUGACACAACCGCUUUUAACUUAUUUGAUGAGCUCCACAUUUGCAUAUGAUUUCAUAUUUUGAAAUGUGCCCCUUCACCCUGCAACUCUCAUUACAUGUAAUAAAAAUCAUAUCUUCAGACAUUUCAUGAAGUGCUCUGAUAUUGCCACACCAGACCAAGUUCAGACCGACUCGUGACUUUAUUUUGGCAGUGUUUGUCCAGUCGACACAGACAUUCACUUUUGUGUUGUUAUCCUGCGGUAACGUGCUGUUCACUAUUUGAUCCAUCUUGUAUGUUUAUAUUUACAUAGAUUUAUAUUAAACACUACAGUCACUCCAAGACUUUGUUUUUCUUUUUUUCUUUUUAUGCAAAUAUAUUUUCAGUUGAUCAAGUGAGAGUUCUCUGAAGUGCCCUUAUCUAUGAGGAAAUGGAAAGCAUUUCCUCCCAGAGUUAAUAUUAAACAAGACUGCAUGGGAUUUUCCAUCUUCGGUGUCAUACGGAGGAAAAUAUAGAUAUGCUUUGUACUAGCUCUCGGUGUGAGUGUAAUCCCUAAUUUG